UAUUUGUGCAGUAGCUGCACUGACCUGAGCUGGAGGAAGCACAGAAGCAACAGCAUUGCGAUACGAGGCAGAAGAAAUAGGAACAGCAUUGUGCUUGCUUCAGCAUCUGUGAAACAAAGCCACUGUAACGACUUCUCCAAAACUAAGUGACAGAACUCUCAGCGAAACAGUUCUUUAAGACAGAGCCCAGCAUGUCGACUGAGGUGAUCCAGUCCAGUGGAAGCAGAAAGGAGCAGAGAUCAGAGUUCCACAUGUCCUCUUCCAGCAGUUCUUAUUCCAUCGGUUCCACACAUCUGCACAAGGUCACUCACACCUCCAAGGUGCUUGAGGAGCAGUCAGCAGUGCGGCGUAAGACCUCGGCUGUGAUGGAGUCAUUCAGUCAGGUGCAGAAGAGCUCUGAAAUCCCUCCAGGAGAGAGUAUUCCUGAGUUUGAGGAGAGACCUUGCCCUGUUAUAGCUCAAGAAGAGGAUAAUGCUGUCUUCAAAGCAAAAGUGUCUGGCAAACCCACUCCUAAUGUGACCUGGGCCAGAGAAAGUGGCAAGCAGCUGACUGAGGGUGCCAAGACUUUCUAUGAUGACAUCAAUAAGUAUUAUGUAUUAAAGAUUAAAAAUCUAACUCUGGAGGAUGCUGAUGUGUACAAGUGCAUGGCAUCUAAUGACCAUGGGGAUGUCAUUUACUCCACCUCGCUCGUUGUUACUGAAAAUCCUGCACUGGACUUUAAGAAAAAGUUGAAGAAACGGAGUGUAGAGAAGCGAAAGAAGAAGCCUCCAACUGAAGAGGAGAUGCUGAAGAUUCUGGCUGGAGCUGAUAAGAAGGACUAUGAGCGCAUCUGUGCUGAGUAUGGCUUCACUGACUUCAGAGGCAUCCUCAAAAAACUCAAAGAGAUGAAGAAAAAAGAGGAUGUGGAAAUGGUUAAAGUACUGAAGCCGUUGGAGGACGUAACAGCGAAGAUAGACUCCAGUGUAGUGUUUGACACAAUUUUGGAGUUGAAAGAUCCAAAUAUGAAGAUGCUUUGGUUUCAGGGCAACGAGUUGCUGCGGAUUCAGUACUCUCUUGGGAAGUAUGAAGUUAAACAGAUGGGUACUAAACACAUGCUGUGCAUCACCAGUGUGUGUAUGGCAGACUCUGGCACAUACACUCUAAAGGUUGGAGAAAAGAUUCUGUCUGCUAAGCUCACUGUCAUAGAUGAACCGCUGAAGUUCCUCACAGAUCUGCAGCCCUUGCGAGUGAUGGAGAGACAGGCUGCUGUGUUUGAGUUGCGGCUCUCUAAGAAGACUGACAGCCCUCUGGUAUGGCAGUAUAAAGGGAAGGAGCUAAAACGAGAUGAGAAGUUUGAUGUACGUGUGUCUGAUGAUGGCCUCACAUACACUUUAAAGAUCAAGGAUGUGCGUCCAAGUGAUACUGGAGACUAUACCAUCAGUAUCGGAGAUUUGAAGACUAUAGCCUCUCUGUUUAUUGAACGAAUCCCCAUCAAGUUUGUGAGCCAUCUAAAGAAUGUACGUGUGAAGGAGAAGGGCAAGGCCAGGAUGGAGGCUGAGAUGAGCUCGAAGGAUGUUCAUGUGAGGUGGUUAAAGGAUGGAAAAGACAUCACUAACAACCAACGAUACAUCUUCACAAGGGAAGGCAAAAGAGCUGAGCUUAUCCUUGAAGACUGCGAGCAGACAGACAGUGGAGAAUACACCAUAUUGUGCACACAGGAUAAUGACUCCCACGAGUAUGUCAGCUCCUCAAACCUCACUGUGGAUGAGAGAUUUGCCACUGUGAAAAGUGAAAUGUCAGAUGUUCAGUGUCCCACUGGCUCAGCUGCUGAACUGUGUGUGGUUUUGGAUGAUGAGAAAGUAGACGGUGUUUGGCUAAAAGAUGGAAAAGAGGUUACAGAUCUGAGUGGGCUGCAGGUGAUAAAGCAGGGGGCAGUUCAUAAGCUGGUGUUCAUUAAUGUGCAGGAUGAACACGGGGGCAAAUAUUCUUUCAGUGCCAAAGGAGCUGAGAGUGAAGCAGUUCUCCGUAUAGCAGAUCCUCCUGUUAUUGAUCCCACAACACUGGAAAUGCUAUCCAGCCAGCCGGUGACAGUGAAAGCUGGUGAGGCAGCCACCAUCAGGAUCCCUUUCAAGGGCAAACCUGCUCCAAAGGUGACAUGGUAUAGGGAUGGGAUGGAGCUGGUGGAGGACAGCCGGACGAUGGUCGAACGCAAUGGAGCCUCCAGCACUCUGAUACUCAGUAAAUGUGUUAGAGAAGAUAGUGGCACUGUCAUGCUUAAACUUAAAAGUGACUGCGGCUCAGCUAGUGCCACCGUGCAGCUCUGUGUAAUUGACCGUCCUAAACCCCCUCAGGGUAAAGUGGAUUUUACGGAGUGUAGCGCCAAGUGCAUAACCAUGAAGUGGAAAGCAUCACGAGAUAAUGGAGGACAGAAGGUGACCAGCUAUAUUAUAGAGAGGCGCAUGGCUGGAAAAAAGUCCUGGACCAAGGUUGGAGAGGUGGACGGAGACACCACCACCUUCUGUAAUGACAAGGUUGAGGAAGGGAAGGCAUAUGAAUACCGCAUUAGAGCACUCAAUCUCCAGGGUUUGAGUGACCCUUUAGAAACUGAGCAGGUCUAUGCCGGAGAGCCUAUUGAGCCUCCUGGUAUGGCUCCUCAACCUCAGAUUACUGAUGUGACUAAAGAUGAGGCCACAGUGAUGUGGGUUCCUCCAGCACAAGAUGGCGGUGCUCCUGUUCUGGGCUACAUAGUGGAGAGGAGAAAAAAAGGAAGCAGCAUGUGGGUGUCUGUCUGUAAGGAACUAAUUCAAGACUCAAAGUAUGCAGUAUGUGGUCUAGUAGAAGACAUGGAGUAUGAGUUCAGAGUGAUUGCUGUUAACAGAGCUGGAGAGGGAAUUCCCAGUGCAGCGUCAAACUCAGUACUGGCCAAAGAUCCCACAUGUGCCCCUGGUCUUGUUAGAAACCUUCACGUAGUAGACUCCUCCAACAGCACCAUCUCAUUGGCUUGGUGUCCCCCCGAGAUAGGAGAUGAGCCCUCUGGGUAUAUCCUAGAGGUUCAUUCUGAACAUGCAAAGGAAUGGACCAAGUGCACCAAAAUUCCCAUUAUCAGCACCUCGUACAUUGUUGGUUGCCUGCAAGAGAAGAUGAAGUACUUCUUCCGUAUCAGAGCUGUUAAUGAGGGUGGCAUUGGAGAACCAACAGAACUGGAACAAGGAGUUCUGGCUAUGCCACCACCAGAAGUGCCAAAGUUUGAUCUCCAGGCUAAGGUGAAGAAUCAGGUGGUGGUACGUGCUGGAUGUGCACUGUGUAUUCCUGUUUCCUUCAGUGGCUCCCCUUCCCCCGAAGUGACCUGGCUUAAAGAUGGCAUUGUGGCCAAUGGUCGAGAGGUCAUCACUAAGGGGAAAACCUAUUCUCAGUUCCUGAUCAGCUCUUGCCAGCGUUCCGACUCUGGAACCUACCGCAUCAACCUCCGCAAUGACUGUGGGGAGGUCCACUACGACGUCACUGUCCAUGUCACUGAUGUCCCUCGUCCUCCUAAGAACCUGCGUCUGGUGGAGGAGGUCCAGGGCACCGUGACACUGCAGUGGGAUCACACCCCUGAUCUGGCUGAUAAUGAACACACUCAUUACAUCAUCCUCAAGAGAGAUACCAGCACUCCCACCUGGUUCACAGCUGCUGAGCGCAUCUUCAGCAGCAAAUACACAGUCACUGGUCUGUUUCCAAGACGCAAGUACUACUUCCGGGUCGUUGCUCGCAAUCACAUUGGAGAAAGUGACCCUCUGGACAUGAAGGAGCCUUUUACAAUUGAGAAGGAGCAUGAACACUUCAAGUUGCAUAGGAGGCCAUUGCCACGUGCACAGCAUGAGGUCAAGCCUGCCUUCAUUUUACCGCUGAAGAAUCAUGCUGUGCACCGUGGAAAUGACUGCACCAUGAGCUGUGCCUUCCUUGGCUCGCCCAUGCCACAUGUGUCCUGGUACAAGGGAGAUGUGGCUAUCUCAGACAGUCCUCGCUACUGGCAGAGUAGCACUAAUGGGGUCUGUACCCUCACUAUCCCCGUCUGCACGGCUCAAGACAGCGGAGAGUACAUGCUGGUAGUGGAGAAUAAGCUGGGGAAGGCCGAAUGCAAGUGCAACCUGGUUGUCUUUGAUAAAGAUGAUAAUAGAGUGCUGGAACACCUGACUCAGGAUUCUGGACAAGAAAAACACAUUACUUAAGCAGAGUACAAUGCCAACGAACUUAUCUGCAAUUCUCAGAGGUUCUCAGAGCAUCACUAAUUAUCAUCAAGUCACAAGUACUUUCUUCCAAAAAGCAUCUUAGCUGAAAUUUUAAUUAGCAGACAAAAUUAGUGUGAAUGCUAUGAAAUUCUAUUACACAAUUCAUCUGAAUAUCUUAUCUAUCAUACUGAGAAUAAAAUACAUCAAACACACAAGAUACAAGAUACAGUGGCCUUGUAGUUCGAGAUGUAAUCAGACAGAAUCAGUUAUCACUAAAUUGCACCAGAAAGUUUUAAAUGAGCAAACCGUUGUGUUUCAAACUUGGAGAGGCUGCGAGACAGGCUGCAGUUUCAUUUAAAUAACAGGAGCAAGCAUGUCUUUGAACAUAAUAAAAUCUCUGACACCAGUUUAAAUUAUAGUGCUGAUGUUAAAUGCAUUCAAACUAAAUUUGUGAUUCUGAGUAAUACUUUUCUCCCUGACUAAUCGUCCCUCUAAAUGCAAUAUGGUUUAAGCUGUGUCCUGAAUGCGUCUUCUGAAAAGCCCCAAUACAGUAUGCCUUUUUAUUACAAAUAAAUAAAAUCUGCAUUAUGUCAGCAAAUGCAA